AUCCUUCCUCUGGUGACCCCAGAAAGAUGGGCCUCCUGUGGACCCCUCUGUCCCUGCUGCUGCUCCUGCUUGGGGAGCCUGCCUGCCUGAGGGCCCAGGACCACCCCAGCUGCCCAGGACCCAGGGAACUGGAAGCCAGCAAAGUUGUCCUCCUGCCUAGUUGUCCUGGAGCCCCAGGAAGUCCUGGGGAGAAGGGGGCUCCAGGUCCUCAAGGGCAACCUGGACCACCAGGCAAGAUGGGCCCCAAAGGCGAGCCAGGCGAUCCAGCCAACCUGCUCCGGUGCCAGGAGGGCCCCAGGAGCUGCCGGGAACUGCUAAGCCGGGGCGUCACCUUGAGCGGCUGGUACCAUCUGUGCCUACCUGAGGGCAGGGCCCUCCCAGUCUUUUGCGACAUGGACACCUCAGGGGGCGGCUGGCUGGUGUUCCAGAGGCGCCAGGAUGGCUCUGUGGAUUUCUUCCGCCCUUGGUCCUCCUACAAAGCAGGUUUUGGGAGCCAGGAGUCUGAAUUCUGGCUGGGGAAUGAGAAUUUGCACCAGCUUACUCUCCAGGGUACCUGGGAGCUGCGGGUAGAGCUGGAAGACUUUAAUGGCAACCGUACCUUUGCCCACUAUGCGACCUUCCGCCUCCUGGGGGAAGCUGAGCACUACCAGCUGGUGUUGGGCAAGUUCUCAGAGGGCACUGCAGGGGACUCCCUGAGCUUCCACAGCAAAAAGCCCUUUACCACCUAUGAUGCGGACCACGACUCGAGUGGGAGCAACUGCGCGGUGGUUGUCCAUGGUGCCUGGUGGUACGGAUCCUGCUAUCAAUCCAAUCUCAACGGGCGCUACGCAAUGUCCGAGGCUGCUGCCCACAAGUAUGGCAUCGACUGGGCCUCAGGUCGCGGUGUGGGCCACCCCUACCGCAGGGUUCGGAUGAUGCUUCGCUAGGGCACCCUGGCAGCCAGCACCCUUAUCUCUCCCAUACAGCUUCCUACCCAUGGCCAACCGACUCUGCUUCCUUGGCCGCAUUUAAAAAUAAAACCAUUUUAACCUUU